AUGAUGGAUUCAUCCGGUGUGUGGGACAACCAAGACCCGACCUUGUCAGUACCCUCACAAGAAGACUUCAACCAGUUUCUUGAUAUGGGCAUGAACAAUCUGGGCGACCCUCUUCAAUUUGAUUUCCCGGAUUUCAACUCGCAGCAACCGGGGCAGGCGGCGCAUCUCAUACACCACCAUGAUUCCGAGGCAAUGGAUCAUUCUGGGUUGGAAAAUGGUCGAGGGGUGGUACAUGAUACUACAAUGCAAGAACACAUGCCCUCAAUGACGACGGCGGCGAGUCACCCAUCAAUCCUCGGGGCUCCCAUCAGCCAUAAUCACCCCUCAAACGAGAGCCUGGUGGAACUAGAUGCGCAAAUUCAGUAUUUGCAACAUCAAAGACAACAGAGGCAGCAGCAGCAAGCACAGCAACAACUGGAAGAGCAACAGCGUAACUAUUACGCACAAAAUAGAAUGAUUCCUCCGACACCGAAUAGCAUGGAGCUCCACGGAGCUUCUUCGCAAUUUUAUCCCCAGAGUGACCCCCAGCACCAAGCAAUGUACGAAAGAUUUAGAAUGCAGAUGAAAGAUCAAGAGAUGGCUUUUACGCCUCUGGUAUCACCUGCGGUGACUCCGCUCGAAGCUCAUUUCAACAUUCCGGAGUACACUAUACCUGGAGCGUAUUUCAGUCCAAUCAGUUCUCCUGCGCUUCGUGCACAGAAUGAGCAACAGGCAACUGCCUACGACCAGAGGCUUUCUGCUACGACAAAUUCUCCAAUAGACAUGAAUAUGGACUCUCAUUCUGCGUCAAAUAGCUCUGGUGCUUUGUCAAGGAAAACCAGCAAAAAGUCCUUGUCCAAGCCCAGAGCUGCCCGUGCUGUCAGACAAUCUCCAAUCGUCAAACCGAAGCGAACAAAAAAAGGAUCUCUUGCCGCUCAAGCCCUUGGUGAUAUUAUAGAGCCAUCGCAUUUUCAACCAGCACGAGAGAAAGAACCCAGCUCUUCGCUCUCUGCUCCCAGUACAGAAGUCUCUGAAAACGGAUCAAUAUCUCCAGAACAUUUGUCAGAUAUGGCACCGCCGCCUAUACCUACUCCAGGGUCCUCUACAAGGUCACCUUAUAUACCAUCACAAAAGGAAGAUCCACGAAAUCAGCGUCUCAUACUUGGUUCUCCUGCUACUCCAGCUUCUUUGAUGAGGCUGACAGACUCGCCUCGAGCCCACGAUCCUAUAAGUGGGACUCAACUUAUGGAUAUUGACCAAGGAAUGGAUGAAUUCGCUUUGCCUGAAGCUGCUAACUCGUCGAGGCCCCAGAUACGACGGAUAGAUACCCAGUCAGAUGGUCAGACAACUCCAACUCUAAGUUCUAGUGGCGCUAAGACUCCUGGAUUUCAAUCACUCCCGUCGCCUUCGUUAGCUGGUCCUAGAUUGACGUCGGCCACCUCAAGUCCUCAAAUUGAUGCGAUGAAUGGAAUUACAGGCACCAACGGAACGGGAAAGAAAGGGAAUCAAGGAGGCUCUCGUGCCAUUAAAAAGCGAUCUGGCAGCUCUGUUCUCGCUUCACCAGCACUUCUUCCUCGGAUAUCGCCAAGCAUAAAGCCAUUGACUUCAAAUGGCUCUAAAGUUUCGGACAAUACUGCUUCGCUCUUGCUGGCAUCCAAGUCCAACUAUCAGAAUAUUCUGGAAGGGACUCAUCUUCCAGGUGUCUCAUAUCCUUCCGAACUUUCAACUAAUCUCACGUCCAAACGAACCUCCCAUAAAAUCGCUGAGCAAGGUCGUCGGAACCGCAUAAACUCUGCGCUACAAGAAAUCGCCACUCUGUUGCCGAGAAGUGCCAAGGACAGUUGUGGUGAAAAGAGUGGGAGCGGUGAUGGGGCAGAUGGCAUCGAUAAUGCAGGAAGCGCGAAAGGCGGUGGGCAAAGUUCAAGUAGUAAAGCGAGCACGGUGGAACAAGCUAUCGAUUACAUCAAGCAAUUGAAAAAGGAUCUUGCGGAUGCGCAAAAGCGGGCGGAGGAAGCGGAAGAAAAACUCACUACGAAAGUUUGA